AUGCUUGACUCCAUUUCGCUAACAGAGGAGGAGCUGGGGAUGUUGUUUGGCCCAGCCUCACGUGGGGUCGAUAGCAGCUCCACGCCCCGUGCUGCUGCUAAUAACAGAAAGUCGCCUCGCAAUGCACAUAAUAAACGUGCAGCAGCCAAAAUGAAGACCAAGACAGCGAGUGCCAACAAGUUCUGCGCCACACUCAUCAGCAGCGUAGACGCGGUCGUGCCUGCUCGCUGCGGCUACCGGACCGGAAAGUGUCAGAAUCUGCAGACCAUCAAACGCAACGGAAAGCUACACAAACUCUGCGAGUUCCAUCGUGAGCGAGCCAAUCUGAACCAGAAGAAGCUGGAUCGUAAGAAGCGAAUGCAGCGCUCCAAACUGGCAGGAGUGGCUUCAUCGUCCUGUGGAUCCAUUUCGUCCGCUUCGUCCGUCGUCUCCGAGGACGACGACUGCAGUCUCGACUUGGAGGAUCGUUCGCCACGCACCGUCGAGGCAGCGGUGACCAGCAGCGUAAUUAUCAAGGCGGAGCUCAAGACGGAGGCAAAGACAGAGCCCAACGAGUUCGACGUGGAGCUAUUCUUGCCUACCAGCCUCCAGGAGGCCCCGCUGGUGCUCGGCUACGAGGAGCUUGCUAUCUUCUGCAGCCUCAUGACUUUCGACGUCAACCACCGAGCGCCGUCAAGCCGAUACGCGCCAGUCCGCACAGAUUCGUGUCAUCACCCCACGAGCACGGUGUGA